CCGUCAUCUAUCUUACUGUGCUGUCUGCUUCUUUGCACAGAGGAGGAGGAGCAAGUAGAGCAGGAGGAGGAGGAGGAGGUGGAGGAGCAGGAGGUAGAAUUGAAGGAGGAGGUGGAGGAAGCCCUUGAGGACACAGCUGGUCAGGAAACAGGUGAGGCUGUGGAACAUGAAGAGGAAGAAGAGGCAAAACCGAAACCGAAAUCAUUUCUACCACCUUUAGUACCUCCCAAAAUCCCUGAUGGGGAGAAAGUUGACUUUGAUGAUAUUCACCGUAAGCGCAUGGAGAAGGACCUGACUGAGCUUCAGUCUCUAAUCGAGGCACACUUCGAGAGCAGAAAGAAAGAAGAAGAGGAACUCGUCGCCCUUACUCUACGAAUCGAAAAACGACGAUCUGAAAGAGCUGAGCAGAUGAGAAUCCGGGCGGAGAAAGAGCGAGAGCGGCAGAACAGGGUGGCGGAAGAAAAGGCGCGAAAGGAAGAAGAAGAAGCGAAGAAGAAGGCCGACGACGACGCCAAGAAAAAGAAAGUUCUUACCAACCUUCAGUACACUGGAUACAUGCAGAAGACGGACAGGCGUGGCCCGAAGAAGCAAACAGAGAGGGAGAAGAAGAGGAAGAUCCUUUCUGAGCGUCGUAAAGAGCUACACAUCGACCACCUGAACGCAGACAAGCUCAGAGACAAAGCCAAUGAUCUUUGGAAGUGGAUGUACCAACUGGAGGCGGAGAAAUUCGAACUGCAGUACAAAUACACCCGCCAGAAAUACGAGGUAACUGUGCUGAGGAACAGAGUCAGUGACCACCAGAAGAGUACCAAAGGACCGAGGAGCAAAAGAGGCCUGAGGAAGUAGAACAUCAUCACUGGAGGAACCAGAGGAGCGUUGGUUCUUCAGUGACGUCAUGACUGUUCCUUGUUAUUCUAUAAUGGAUUGUGAUUAAUAAACCAUGACAUAUGAUGACCUGA